AUGCUUGAAGCGAGCAGAGGACUUCCACCACUGGUGUGGCAAUCCUUCCUCCGAUGCGCAAGUGGCUGCCAGCUACGAGCGGGAUCAGCUGAGCCAGGUCUAUCACCCGGGUGCCUGUCCGAAAAGCUGGUCUCAGUGGGAUGCUUUCUGCUACAAGCACUUCUGGGAGAAAAAGACUUGGUUCGAGGCGGAGGCCUUCUGUCGCCAAUAUGGUGA